AAGUUUCUAGACCCCCCGGGCCCCCCCGCACCACCCCCUCGUCUUUAUGUUUUUGUUGGGGGGAAAAGUUGUUGGAAGUUUUAGCCGUGUGGAUGUCGCGUGUUUUCCGUUUUCUGCCUCCUCGGUAACGGAGGGAAUGAGCGUCGGUGCGAGUGUAAAGUCGUCCACGGAGGUUUAGAGCAGCGCUUUGUGUCCGUGGGCUCGGGCUGAAAAAUCUCAGCGGCCGUGUCCGUCGGCGCUUCAUCUCGUUAGCUACCUAGCUGAGUCCCCAACAGAGUUAACGCCACCUCGCCUCCCUCGCAGCCUGUCUCUCCGGGAAAGCUUCCAGCUUCAGCGCAGAGAUGGCGGAGACCAAGAUCAUCUAUCACAUCGACGAAGAGGAGACCCCGUAUUUGGUGAAGAUCCCCAUAGCUGCAGAAAAUAUCACCCUGCUGGAUUUUAAACAGGUCCUCAACAAGCCAAACUACAAGUUCUUCUUCAAAUCUAUGGACCAAGACUUUGGGGUGGUGAAGGAAGAGAUUUCUGACGACAGUGCCAAGUUGCCUUGUUUUAACGGCAGAGUGGUGUCAUGGUUGGUAUCUUCAGAGACUCCAGCUGCAGAGCCUCCUGUUGCAGUGGUCCCCCCUGUGGAAACAACCUCCCAGCCUUCACCGCCUCCGCCUCCCCUGCCGCCCCCACCUGCAGAGAGGACCGGGGUCAUUGGGGACUCCAGACCACCCUCCUUUCAUCCCAAUGCUACUGGCAGCGUGGAGACUCUGGACGAGCAGACUGAAACGGAGUCUGUGGUUUCCUUCAGGAGGGAGAGGCCCCGGCACAGAGAGAACGUGGAUCAUCACGGGCCCCGCGUGAACGGUCAGAGCCGGCUGGAGCGCCACCUGGCAGGGUACGAGAGCUCCAGCACGGUGAUGAGCAGCGAGCUGGAGACAACCAGCUUCUGUGACUCCGAGGAUGACGACACCAUGAGCAGGUUCAGCAGUGCCACAGAGCAGAGCACCGCCUCCAGGCUUCUGAAACGACACCGCCGGCGGAGGAAACAGCGCCCCCCGCGGCUGGAGAGGGCCUCAUCCUUCAGCAGCGUGACAGACUCCACGAUGUCCCUGAAUAUCAUCACUGUCACUCUUAACAUGGAGAAGUACAACUUCCUGGGAAUUAGUAUUGUUGGCCAGAGCAACGAAAGAGGCGAUGGCGGCAUCUACAUCGGUUCUAUCAUGAAGGGCGGAGCUGUGGCUGCAGACGGACGCAUCGAACCCGGGGACAUGCUACUGCAGGUGAAUGACAUCAACUUCGAGAACAUGAGUAAUGAUGACGCAGUGCGAGUUCUCAGAGAGAUCGUACACAAACCAGGACCAAUCAUACUUACGGUGGCCAAGUGUUGGGACCCCUCUCCUCAAGGUUACUUCACCCUGCCUCGCAAUGAGCCGAUCCGACCAAUUGACCCUGCGGCAUGGAUCAGUCACUCCGUGGCGAUGACCGGGGCUUACCCUGCCUAUCCGGGGUGCUCCUCCCUCAGCACCAUCACCUCCUCCUCCUCCGUCACCGAGACUGAACGUUUUGAUGACUUUAACUUGUCGCUGCACUCUGACAUGGCGUCAGUAGCCAAGGCCAUGGCUUCACCAGAGUCCGGUCUGGAGGUCAGGGAUCGCAUGUGGCUUAAAAUCACCAUCCCCAAUGCUUUCCUGGGCUCAGACGUUGUGGAGUGGCUCUUCCACCACAUCGAGGGAUUCCAGGACCGCCGAGAGGCCAGGAAGUACGCCAGCAACCUGCUGAAGGCAGGCUUCAUCCGACACACCGUCAACAAGAUCACCUUCUCCGAGCAGUGCUACUACGUGUUUGGAGACCUGAGCGACUGUGAGAACUACAUGGCCAAUCUGUCACUGAACGACAACGACGGUUCCAGCGGAGCCUCAGAUCAGGACACCCUGGCCCCCCUGCCGCUCCCCGGCGCCUCCCCCUGGCCGAUGAUGCACACCUUCCCCUAUCAGCCCUACGCAGCGCAUCCCUACUCCAGCCAGCCGCCUCCAUACCACGAACUCAGCAGCUACAGCUACGCUCCAGGCAGCACGGGCAGCCAGCACAGCGAAGGGAGCCGAAGCAGCGGCUCAACGAGAAGCGAGGGCGAGCGACGGCGCAGCAACAAAGGCCCUGGCAGCACUGUGGGCGGAGGAGAGAAAUCCCCCUCUGCAGAUGGUGGCGGCGCCGAAUCGCGCUCCGGCAGCGGCAGCGAAUCCGAGUACUCCACCCGCGGCAGCCUGAGGCGUGGCCACGGCUCAUCGGCCCCCAGCGAACACAGCCACGCCUCGUCGCAGCGCUCCCACCACCACCGGAUGCCGCAGCCACCCCAUAUGUCCCCUUACCCGCCGGGCAUCCUGCCCUACAACCCUAUGAUGCUGAUGAUGGUGCCCCAGCACCCGCACCCGGCCAUGGCUGCCCAUGCUCUUCAGCACCCGCAGCAGCUAUCGGCGCCCCCCAUGCACCAGGCCCUGCCCCUUCCUCCUUCCUCCACCCCAGGGGGACCUCCCGGGGCCCCUCCUACCCGUGACCUGGGCUCAGUGCCUCCAGAGUUGACCGCGUCCCGUCAGUCGUUCCACCUGGCCAUGGGCAACCCCAGCGAGUUCUUUGUGGACGUCAUGUAGAGUUUUUUUUUGUUUGUGUCCCCCCCCCCCCAUCUGUGUUGAGUGAGUCUGUCAUUUGUGUGAAGUUAGUGUACGGUUCCUCUGAUGUGACGAUUAUCUGCUCAGUGAGCUCACAUCAGAGUAAGGGCGUUUGUUACAAUUUAGGUAAAACAGGGUUUAAAAUGGCAAAGAAAUUAAAGACAAAGCUGUCGUGUAAAAUGGUCUGAUUAGAUGUGCCAGUAAGUUUAGUUAUUCCCCAGACAAAUCAACCACAGAGCAGCUUCAACAGGUCAGAAAGACCCUUCUGUUCUGCUCCUUCUGUGUUUGAAGCAAUGUUUCAGCACAGAAACAGAGCCAGGCAGAACUGCGCUGUAAUAUCAGACACUGAUCUCAGAUCUGCCCCCUAGGAGCCUGCGCUAGGUACACCAUGUACUGGAGGAAGGAUCCAGUCCUGCAUGGUAUGGGUCAAUCAUACCCCCAGAUUGAUGAGUGCCUUACUUUUUUAGAGACAUUAUCAAACACUCACAGGUACAUAAAAUAAUGUUCCACAUUGUUUGACAAUGAACCUCUGUGUACAUAUAUAUCUACAGCUCCUAUGUAAAGCAUACGCUCUAAUGUGAAACAUGUCAGCGGGACUCAAGGUCAUACGUUAUUAGAUCGGUCUUGACCUGAAAGGUACCACGAUGUUCUGAAUGUGACACCACAUGCUGAUGGCGGUACCUUUUGAUUACAUUCAGUGUAUAUCUUUAAUGUGAUGCAGCUCCUCAUCCUUAUUUUCAUGUUAUUGACUCACAUUAUUCACCAGUUUUUUUGGGUUUUUUUUUUGUAUGCGUGACUUUAUAAAUCAUGUAUAAUCCAAAUAUUAAGGUGCUAAAUGAAGAGUCAACAUUACAGAAAUAAUGUCAAGGACAGUGUUGUGCUGUUUGAUUUCAUAACACCACCUUUGUUUGUGCCUUUCAGAAUAAAUUUGAUACUAGCUUA